AGAGGUCAAAGUUGGCAUUGCCAUGUGUGCACACCGCUUCAGCUACAGGACAUUUCAGCUCUGUACAGCUGCAGUUUUUGGUUAGUCCAUGUAUAUUUUGGUAUACAAUCACUGAAAGUAUUGCAGUAAGUAGACAAAAGAUUUUACUCUUGGCUAGUUUUAGAAAACUACCCUGUGCUAAGUCUUGCUAGCUUCCUCUGUUCCACUCAUUGAGCCGUUUGCAUCUUUCAGCUGCAGGAUCUUCUCAUGAUGCUUUAGCUUGACAUGUUUCAGGUCCGAUCACUGCUGAGUGCCUUAGUUGACCGCAGACGGACGCUGGAGAGGAACGGUGCGUUUUCUAAGUUGUUCUGCAUGAUGAGUGAAGGAUCCAUUGAUCAGCAGGCAGCCAAGCUGUUGAAAAGAGCCAAUGAGGAAAAUGACGACUCGGCUGAGAAGGUGCAGACCAACAAAAGAGUAAAAACAGAAGAGCAACGCACUGACGAUGAAAGGAAAUAUCCUAAAAAGAAAGUGGUCCUCCUUAUGGCGUACUCUGGGAAGGGAUACUACGGCAUGCAGAGAAAUACUGGAACCACUCAGUUUCGAACCAUUGAAGAUGACCUGGUGACUGCUCUCAUUAAAUCUGGUUGCAUUCCUGAAGACCACGGGGAUGAAAUGAAGAAGAUGUCCUUCCAAAGAUGUGCUAGAACAGAUAAGGGCGUGUCUGCAGCUGGCCAGGUGGUGUCGCUGAAGGUGCGGUUGAUCGAGGACAUCAUUGAAAAAAUAAACAAGCAUCUGCCGCCACAGAUCAGAGUGCUUGGACUUAAACGGGUAACCCAAGGUUUCAAUUCAAAAAACAACUGUGAUGCUCGCACAUACUCCUAUAUGCUUCCAACUGUGGCCUUUUCCCAAAAAGACUAUGACACUACGAAUAUAGCAGCCUUUCGCCUGGAACCAGAGACACUUCAACAGGUGAACCGGCUUUUUACCUUCUACAAAGGCACCCAUAACUUCCACAACUUCACCUCCCAGAAGGCUGCCAGUGACCCCAGCGCUCGCCGCUACAUCACCGAGAUGUCCUGCGGCGAGCCUUUCCUCUGCAGCAACUGUGAGUUCGCAGUAAUCACCGUGCGAGGCCAGAGCUUUAUGCUGCACCAAAUACGCAAGAUGAUCGGCCUGGUGAUCGCGAUUGUCAAGGGCUACGCAAAGGAGGAGGUGAUGGAACGGAGCUGGGGCCAGGAGAAGGUGGAUGUUCCCAAAGCUCCAGGGCUGGGCCUGGUCCUGGAACGGGUUCACUUCGACCGGUACAACAAACGCUUCGGUGGGGACGGGCUGCACGAGCGGCUGGAGUGGGACCGCGAGGAAGAGGCCAUCAAGGCCUUCAAGGAGGCUCACAUCUACCCCACCAUUGUUGAGACGGAGUGUCAGGAAGGCUCCAUGGUCAGCUGGAUGUCCACACUUCCUAUCCAUGACUUUGAAGGCACAGCUGGUGAAACACGAGACAAUAAGGAUCUAAAACAGGACAAUGCUGACGAUGGAAAUGACUCUGACUAGGCCACCGUGCCUGAAGAACGACGACACAUUUUCUCACCAAAACAUUCUCUUUUAUUGGGAAUUAUUUUUUCUUUUUAAAGUUUGACAUUAUAAUAAUAUCUGUUUUUUAGUAGGAUUAAAUCCUGUUUCUCUUUUACAAAUGUUGUGAACAAACAACAACACAAUAAAAGCCUCUUUGCUCUGUG